AUGAGACAGUGGCACUGGGACGAGAUCCCCAGAGUGGGCUGUCCGCUGGUCCCGGAGCACGUGGAGACCAGGCCCCUGCUGAACCCAGACAAGCCGGGCAUCGAGCAGGGCCGCCUGGAGAUGUGGGUGGACAUGUUCCCAAUGGACUCGCUGGCCCCAGGACCUGCUCUGGACAUAUCGCCACGGAAACCAAAGAGAUAUGAGCUCAGAGUGAUUAUUUGGAAUACAGAUGAAGUAAUUCUGGAGGACGAUGAUUUCUUCACUGGGGACAAGUCCAGUGACAUAUUUGUGCGGGGGUAG